UCAGGGCUUCAUGGCGCAGCAGGUCAGCGGUUCACCUUUCCUGAAACCCUUCUUCCUAAAGACACCCACCAGUGUGGUCAGUCCUCUGCAGCAGAGACGCCACACGCUGCCCGCCAGUGAGUUCAGGAACCUCACACCCCAGGACGCCAUCAGUGUGUUUGAGAUUGAGAGGGAGGCUUUUGUCUCUGUGUCUGGAGAGUGUCCACUCACCUUGGACGAGGUCCUGAACUUCCUCAGCCAGUGUCCAGAGCUUUCACUGGGUUGGUUUGAAGAAGGUCAGCUGGUGGCUUUCAUCAUCGGCUCCGGAUGGAACAAAGAGAGGCUCUCACAGGAGGCCAUGACCCUCCAUGUCCCAGACACCCCCACAGUGCACAUCCACGUCCUGUCCGUGCACCGCCACUGCCGUCAGCAGGGCAAAGGCUCCAUUGUCCUCUGGCGCUACCUGCAGCAUCUGCGCUGCAUGCCAGGCCUGCGCAGGGCUCUGCUGAUCUGCGAGGACUUCCUGGUGCCUUUCUAUCGCAAGGCCGGCUUCAAGGAGAAAGGGCCGUCGGCCAUCACCGUCUCCAACAUGCACUUCCAAGAGAUGGAGUACACGCUGGGUGGGCAGGCCUACGCCAGGAGGAACAGCGGUUGCUAGUCUGUUGAUCGCUAGUGCUUUACACUCCAGAUUACGUCCAGUCAAACGGGAUUCAAAUGUGGUUUCGUGAGGUAGCGACACAUAGUCGACGAUAGGGAAGGGUAUGAGAGUGAGAUACUCGUUCUUGCUAAAAAUAUGUGUGGAAUUUAUCUGUGUGAGGAGAAAGGGAGGGAAAUAUAUAUAUAUUCAGGCACUUGAAAAAAGGUGUAGCAUGUAGACACCCC